UUACAGUGGUGGUCGACCCCGGCCAGGUGGAUGGUACUACCGCAGCCAAUGGCAUGGUAAAGCUUUCCGUCAAUACAGAGGCGAUGGCAAAAAAUCUGACAAUCACCGCAAGGACCAAGGAUGAUCGUAUUUCAAAUGAAAGGCAAGCAUCAGCUACCAUGGUAGCUCUCCCAUAUACCUCUCCAAGCAAAAAAUACAUCCACAUAGGUGUGGAUUCACGUGAGCUGAAAUUAGGAGACAACCUGAAAGUCAACCUCAACAGGCAGGAAAAACAAGACAAUGACAUCACAUACCUGAUCCUGAGCAGAGGUCAACUGGUGAAAAAUGGACGUUACAGGAGCAGAGGUCAAGAUGAGAUUUCCCUGAAUGUUCUCAUUACCAAAAACAUGCUGCCAUCGUUCCGCAUCGUAGCCUACUACCACACAAAUGACAGUGAAGUGGUAUCAGACUCCGUUUGGGUGGAUGUAAAGGACUCCUGCAUGGGCUCGCUGAAACUGGAGCCAUUGAAACCCGCUCCAUAUAAGCCUCGCGGGUCGUUUGGUCUGAAGGUCACUGGAGACCCUGGGGCCGUAGUGGGACUGGUGGCAGUUGACAAAGGCGUCUACGUCCUGAACAACAAGCACCGUCUCACCCAGAAAAAGGUGUGGGAUGCUGUAGAGAAGUACGACACAGGCUGCACACCAGGUGGAGGGAAGGAUGGUAUGGGUGUGUUCUACGAUGCUGGGCUGAUGUUUGAGUCCGACACGGCUUCUGGAACUUCCUACAGACUAGAAUUAAAAUGUCCGGCCCACAGCAGGAGGAAACGAGCCGCUACUAUAAUGGACGUCACAACCAGCUUAGUGAGUCAAUAUCAAGACCAACUCCAACGUGACUGUUGUUUGGAUGGCAUGAGGAACACCCCCCUCUCAUACACCUGUGAGAUGCGAGCGGAGUACAUCAAUGAUGGUGCACUCUGUGCCGCAGCCUUCCUGCACUGCUGCAAGGAGAUGGAAACCCAGCGAGCUGAGAGGAAGGAGGAUAGCCUCAUACUGGCUCGCAGUGAGGAGGAUGACAGUUACCUGGACAGCAAUGAAAUUGUUUCUCGCACCGAGUUCCCUGAAAGUUGGCUGUGGUCAGAUGUGACACUGCCUGCUUGUCCUCAACAAAAACCUAACUGUGACACCACAUCACUGACAAAAAAUGCUCCUUUGCAAGACUCAAUCACAACCUGGCAGUUCACUGGCAUCAGUCUGUCAAGAACUCACGGAAUCUGUGUUGGUGAGCCGUUAGAGGUCAUUGUCCGGAAGGAGUUCUUCAUUGAUCUCAGGCUGCCGUACUCUGCUGUCCGUGGAGAGCAGCUGGAAAUUAAGGCAAUCCUCCACAACUACACCCCCGAUCCUAUCACCGUGCGUGUGGAUCUGAUUGAAGAGGAGCAUGUGUGCAGUUCAGCCUCUAAACGUAGAAGGUAUCGCCAGGAGGUCAAAAUGGGGGCCGGAACUACACGAGCUGUACCCUUCAUCAUUAUUCCCAUGAAAAAAGGAAAAUUUAAUAUUGAGAUCAAAGCAGCUGUUAAAGAUUCUGGGCUAAAUGAUGGAAUUAGAAAAAAGCUGGUGGUGGUGCCUGAAGGCGUACUGGUUAAAUCUCCUCAGAUUAUAAUUCUAGACCCCAAUACUAAAGGUGUAGGUGGUAAACAAGAAGUAACUCUCAACAGUGGAAUUCCUAUGAAAGAUUUGGUCCGAAACACACCUACUAUCACACAGAUCUCAGUGACAGGGAGAGAAGAAGUUUCUGCGCUGGUGGAGAACGCCAUUAGUGGGAACUCUAUGGGUACUCUGAUCGUCCAGCCCAGCGGUUGUGGAGAGCAAAACAUUGCUAAGAUGACCCUACCAGUCAUUGCAGCCACAUAUUUGGACAAAACCAACCAGUGGGAAACUGUGGGCUUUCAGAAACGUCACGAAGCCCUCCAACACAUCAAGACCGGCUACCAGAACGAGCUUGUCUACCGAAAUAAAGAUGGGUCUUUUUCUAUUUGGAAGGGAAAACCAAGCAGCUCCUGGCUGACAGCUUAUGUUGCCAAGGUGUUUGCCAUGGCUGACAAUCUGGUGCCAGUGCAAAAAGAGCACAUCUGUGAAGCCAUCAAGUUUCUGAUUCUCAACGCACAGGAUCCUCACGGCUCGUUUAUAGAAGUUGGAUCCGUUUACCAUGGAGAGAUGAGUGGUGAUGUGAGAGGAGCAGAUUCAGAUGCCUCCAUGACGGCCUUCUGCCUCAUUGCCAUGCAGGAAUCUCGCACACAAUGUAAUGCCACUGUUAGUAGUCUGCCAGGCAGUAUAUACAAAGCAGUGAACUAUCUGGAAAGGCGUCUGCCCAACCUCACCAACCCAUAUGCUGUUGCCAUGACAUCAUAUGCCCUGGCCAAUGAAAACAAACUGAACAAGGAGAUCCUCUACAAGUCUGCUUCCCCAGAGAGAUCCCACUGGCCAACACCUAAGGGACACGUUUACAUGCAGGAGGCCACAGCUUACGCUCUUCUCGCUCUGGUCAAGGCCAAGGCAUUUGAAGAAGCCAGACCUGUUGUGAGAUGGUUCAACACGCAGCAGAUGGUGGAUGGAGACUUUGGAUCCACUCAGGCUACUAUAAUGGUGUACCAGGCUAUAGCAGAGUACUGGACUAGUGCUAAAGAACCAGAGUAUGAUCUGAAUGUGGACAUCGUUUUGCUGGGCAGGUCAAAGCCUGACAAGUUCAAGUUCAACAGGGACAACCACUACACCACCAGAACAACUAAAAUCAAUGCUAUAAACCAGAAUGUGACGGUAAUUGCCACGGGUACAGGAGAAGCAACGGUGAAAAUGGUGUCUCUGUAUUACGCUCUGCCUAAAGAAAAGGAAAGUGACUGUCAGAAGUUUAACCUGUCAGUGCAGCUCCUGCCAGAGAAAAUGGAUGAGGACGAGAAAAUAUACAAGCUGAAAAUAGAGUUUUUUUAUAAGAACAAAGAGAGGGAUGCAUCCAUGUCAAUCCUGGAUAUCAGCUUGUUAACUGGCUUCACCGCUAACACAGAUGACCUGGACUUAUUGUCUAAAGGAAAAGCCCGCAUAUUUUCAAAAUAUGAGAUGAACACAGACCUGUCAGAAAGAGGCUCACUCAUCAUCUACGUGGAUAAGGUUUCUCACAAACGACCAGAGGAGAUCACUUUUAGGAUCCAUCAGAAGCUGAAAGUGGGAGUCUUACAACCAGCUGCUGUGUCUGUCUACGAAUACUAUGACCAAACACAUUGCGUCAAAUUCUACCAUCCAGAGAGGACAGCUGGAAAGCUACAGCAUCUCUGUACAAGUGACGUAUGCAAAUGUGCAGAAGAGGACUGCAGUAUGCAGAACAAGGAGAAAAUCACCAAUGAUCAGCGAACAGCUAAGGUCUGUGAGAGUACACAGACCAGCAUAAUAGAUUUUGUGUACAAAGUGAAACUGGAAAGUUUUGAAGAAGAUUUGUCCGCUGACAUUUACAAAGGGAAGGUACUGGAAGUCAUCAAAGAAGGAACUCUUGAUGUGGGUCCUCAGGAUAAACAGCGCACAUUCCUCCGUUAUCCCCACUGCCGGGGGUCUUUAGAUCUGGAGACGGGCAAAACCUACCUUAUCAUGGGCACGUCCAAAGAUAUUGACAAAGAUGACCAUCGAUCGUAUCAGUAUGUGCUUGGAGAGAGAACCUGGAUCGAGUACUGGCCUACAGAAGCGGAGUGUCAAACCCAGGAACACAGAAUUACCUGUUUGGGCAUGGAGGAGAUGGUUCAACAGUACCAACACUUUGGGUGUCAGCAGUAAUGAAACUCAACACAAGAAAAUGUUAAU